UGUGUCAAUCCUGAUCUUUAAUACUUCUCGGCAGUGCUUUGUUCUGGUGAAGCAGUUCCGCCCAGCUGUUUACAUGAGUGAAGUAGAAAAGCAUCAUCCUCAACUCUUUCAGAAUCGGGAUAAUGAGAGCUUCUCUCGUCUAGAGAAUCCCUUACCUGCUGCAGUAGGAGUGACCUAUGAACUCUGCGCUGGCAUUGUUGACAAACCAGACCUUUCUGUAGAAGAAAUUGCAUGUGAGGAAGUCUUAGAAGAAUGUGGCUAUCAUGUUGCUGUUACAGACCUAAGGAGAAUCACUUCUUACAG